GUGAGACUAGCUUGAAUCCAACACAGAGAGAAUACAACAGCUAGGAACAUUCUUUUAGCCUUUUUUUAGAGAGUUUUUAGAAGAGCUCACAGAAUUUUGAUUUUUCGAAAAGUCAGGAAAAUAAAAAGGAAAAUGCCGAUUGCGAAAAUUGCAUUUGGUUCACCAGCUGAGGCUAGCAAGCCUGAUGCCCUUAAGGCAGCUUUAGCUGAGUUCAUUUCCAUGCUCAUUUUUGUUUUUGCUGGUGAAGGCUCUGGAAUGGCUUUCAGCAAGCUAACAAAUGAUGGAGCAACCACUCCAGCUGGCCUUGUUGCUGCGGCAAUUGCCCACGCCUUUGCGCUUUUCGUCGCCAUUUCAGUUGGCGCUAACAUUUCUGGUGGACAUGUGAACCCUGCUGUGACUUUUGGUGCCUUCAUGGGAGGUCACAUUACAUUCGUUCGCAGCAUCUUGUACUGGAUUGCCCAAUUGCUUGGCGCCGUGGUUGCUUGUUUGCUUCUCAAGUUCUCCACCGGUGGAUUGGAGACAGCAGCAUUCUCCCUUUCAUCUGGUGUGACAGUAUGGAACGCCUUAGUUUUCGAAAUUGUGAUGACAUUCGGCCUGGUAUACACAGUAUACGCAACUGCAGUUGACCCGAAGAAGGGUGACAUUGGCAUCAUUGCUCCCAUUGCAAUUGGUUUCAUUGUUGGUGCCAACAUCUUGGCUGGUGGUGCCUUUGAUGGUGCAUCCAUGAACCCUGCUGUAUCCUUCGGACCGGCUGUUGUCAGCUGGACAUGGACUGGCCACUGGGUCUACUGGCUCGGCCCAUUCGUUGGCGCUGCCAUCGCUGCUCUGGUCUACGAGAUCUUCUUCAUUAACCAGACUCACGAGGCUCUUCCCGUCACGGAUUACUAAGAAAAGAAUGCUUUUUAUUUUUCUCCAGGCACCAAUCACGGUGGAAGAAGUGGACAGCUUUUAGAUUUCCAGUGUCAUUGUUUCAAUGUUAUCUGUGUAUUCAGGGACUUGUUCCUGGAGGAAAAUCUUUUGUAAUCUCUCAGUUUGUAAUGUAUUCCAGUGAAGAAUAUGUCUUGUACCCAAUGGAAUCAAUGGUGGACUCUUUUUUUUCUUUUUUUCACCAAAAACAAUUUGUUAUUCACUCAAACAAAUCUACUGAAAAAAUAACCAGAAUCCAAC